AAUCAUUAGUCAUGUUUUUUUUGGUAAUAAUUUAUAAUCGCUUUUUUUUUCUUGUAAUGAACAUGUAAUUCAUUUUUUUAUUACCUUUUUUUUUCGGGGGUCAUCUUUCUUUGUUGAUUAUAGAAAGAAUUAACGCACACUAUUUCACUUCAUCCAUCUUACUUUGGACCUAAUAUGCAAACACAACUUAGAGAUAAACUUUAUGCUGAUGUGGAAGGGACAUGUACUGGAAGAUAUGGAUAUGUUAUUACAGUAUUAUCACUUCAUAAUAUUGGCAAAGGCAAAAUCUUACCAGGCUCAGGAUUAGCCGAAUUUAAAGUAAAUUAUCAAGCUAUUGUCUUUAAACCUUUUAAAGGAGAAGUCUUGGAUGCGGUUGUUACCACAGUUAAUAAGAUGGGCUUUUUUGCCGAUGCUGGACCUUUACAAGUAUUCGUUUCUAAUCAUUUAAUUCCUACAGACAUGAAAUUUGAUGCAAACGGUAACCCUCCAUGUUACUCUUCAGAAGAUCAGGUGAUACAGAAAGAUGUUCAAGUAAGAUUAAAAAUAGUAGGUACUCGUGUAGAUGCAACUGAAAUUGUAAGUUAAACCAUAGUAAAAUUAUUUUAGGAAGGAGGAGAGACUAAUCUUUUUUUUAUAUAUAUAUAA